AAAUGUUCCUGUAUAGUUAACCACAUAGACUAGUGCACACCUCUCAUACUUCCCAAGCAAUGCACCAAUCAGCAACUUUGCCCUUCCAAGCUUCAUAACCUGUGUCAGUGGACAACUAAUUAGUUAAUUUGUAAACGCUGUUUUGGGUUUUUAAAGUCUGACUUGAGCAGCAGCUGCUGACUGUGAAAGGGGCUAUAACAACGCUCAGGCAAAAUGUCCAAGCUUGUAGAGUGUGUCCCGAAUUUCUCAGAGGGGAAGAACAAAGAGGUUAUAGAUGCACUGGCUGCAGCAAUCACCCAAACCGGUGGAUGUCGUCUGCUGGAUGUGGAUCCUGGGGCUUCCACUAACCGCACCGUAUACACCUUUGUUGGAUCUCCUGAGGCAGUGGUAGAAGGGGCUCUGAAUGCAGCACGUGUGGCCUUUCAAAUGAUUGACAUGCGCAAGCACAAAGGUGAGCACCCACGUAUGGGAGCACUGGAUGUCUGUCCUUUUAUCCCUGUCAGAAAUGUCACAAUGGAAGAGUGUGUGGCCUGUGCCAACCAGUUUGCUAAAAGACUGGCGAAGGAGCUACAAGUUCCAGUGUAUCUGUAUGGAGAGGCUGCUCGCAGUGAAAGUCGUAGAACCCUGCCAGCUGUGAGGGCUGGUGAAUAUGAAGCUUUGGCCACUAAGCUGAAGAACCCAGAGUGGGCUCCUGACUUUGGUGACCCAGUCUUUGUCCCUAGCUGGGGUGCAACUGUGAGUGGAGCCCGCAAGUUCCUAAUUGCUUACAACAUCAAUCUGUUGAGCACCAAAGAAUUGGCUCAUCGCAUUGCUCUUAAUAUCCGCGAGGGUGGCCGUGGAAAGGAUCAGCCAGGACGUCUUCGGAAGAUCCAAGCAAUUGGAUGGUUCCUUCAGGAAGAGAAUUUGGCACAGGUGUCAACAAAUCUAUUGGAUUUUGAAAUAACCCCUCUGCAUGUAGUAUAUGAAGAGGUGUGCAAGGAUGCCAAGGAAAUGACCCUCCCUGUAAUAGGUUCCCAGUUGGUGGGUUUAGUGCCCCUCCAGUCUCUUCUAGAUUCCGCUGAGUUUUAUAUCCAGAAGGAGAAGCUGUUUGUACUUGAGGAGGAGCAUAAAAUCAGACUGGUUAUUAACCGGCUUGGUCUGGACUCUUUGGCUCCAUUUGAUCCGCGACAAAGAAUUAUUGAGUACCUUGUCCAGGAUGAUCUUUCUGAGUCAUCGUUGGUCACCCAGUCACUGAGGGGGUUUGUGCAGAGUGUGGGUGCUCGUAGUGCUACCCCGGGUGGUGGCUCUGUUGCUGCAGCUGUGUCUGCAUUGGGGGCAGCGCUGGGCUGCAUGGUGGGCCAGAUGACUUAUGGUAAACGGCAGUUUGAGUCUUUGGAUGGAGUGAUGCGAGAAUUGAUUCCGCCAUUCCAUCAUGCAGCCGACAAGUUGCUUGCUAUGGUUGAUGCAGAUUCCAAUGCAUUUGGAAGUUACAUGGCUGCUUUGAAGCUUCCCAAAAACACAGUGGAAGAGCAAGAUAAGCGUUCUGCUGCCCUACAGGAGGGACUAAAGGAAGCUGUUAAAGUGCCACUCUCUCUGGCAGAAAACAUCAAUAACUUAUGGUACCCUCUGCUGGAAAUGUCAAAGCAUGGAAACAUUGCUUGCAAAUCUGACUUGCAGGUAGCCGCCAAAGCAUUAGAAACGGGAGUGUUUGGGGCUUACUUUAAUGUCCUGAUUAACCUACGGGAGAUAAAGGAUACUGAAUUCAGAAGCCUGACUGAAAAGAGAGUUGCCCAGCUGCUGGAUGAGGCAAAAACAAGUGCACAGUCUGUGCUCCAAGUGUGCGAGGGACGGAGUUGAAUGUGACACAAGGAUACCAUAAUAAAUUCGCUCUAUCACUUUGUCAGUGCUCAGUAUUACUUUUCCAUUUGCUUGUUGGUUCUGGUGAAUCUGCUUUACCUGUGAUGAAACAAAUCUGCCCUGAGGGGUGCCCUACCUUACUGUUGCUUAGUUCUUUCUAUUUAAUAUGACCGUCAAUUUCUGGGCUCUCUUUGUAUAUGUGAUUCCUAUUCACAGAGGGGGAGGUUAGCUGAGGGAUAUUUGCAUGUGAUAUUUGCAUGGAUACAGGGCUCCCACCUGCCUUUACCCCCUCCCCUUGGUCCCUCCCAAACUUGUUUUCCUAUAAGUGGAACUGACUUCUGUGUGAGGCACAGUCAGCUGAUCUGAACUCCUGGGCUCCAGUGUGUGAUUCUUCAUCAUGUGGAACCCAAAUCAAGGAACCCCCUAUGGGCAGCCUCCUUGCCCUCCACCAGGUGGCUGUGCCCCCCCUCCAGGGCCCUACCCUCCUGGCAGCCAACCAUACCCUGGAUACCCCGGUCCUGCUCCUCCCCCUCCAGCAGGCGGCUAUCCAGGUGGGUGCCCUCCUCCUCACAACCCUCAAGGUCAUGGGCAUCAUGGGCAUCACGGACAUCACGAGCAUCAUGGACAUCACGGGCAUCAUGGACACCACCCACAUGGGCAAAUACCUCCAGGCCCCCCUCAAUACCCAACUGGAUAUCCAGCUGGCUGUGACCCCCAUGGUGGCCACCAUGGCAAGCACAAGAAGCACAAACACCAUAAACAUGGUCAUGGAAAGCAUGGCAGUGGCUCCAGCUCUGAUUCAGACUGAUAGAUGGUUGACAAGUGAAGAUGGAGUCAAAUGUUCAUUUUAUAUGCCAUCACAUAUAAUCCCCACACUCCUGUCCCAAUGCAUAUAUAUCAUUAUUACUAUCUACAUUCCCUGUCUAUUCUUACCUACCUCUUAUAUGCUCAGUGCUGUGAAUUGAAUAAAUUCCCUGAUAUUGGUCUGGUGAUUUCCUGCUGCAUUUGUAUUACACAGAAAGGUCAUAUGGGCAGAAAUAAAAAUCUCUAAAGCACUA